UGGGGCCGAAGCUGGUGGCGCCGAGGCUUGAGGAGGCUGCAGGGCGCGCCACACCCCGGCGGCCAGGAGGUGGCAAAAAUGCCGUCCUCUGUUGCGCGGCCCCGCCCGCGCCCGGGGCCGUCCCCGGCCUCGCCCUUACCCCUGCUGCUGCUGCUGGAGGUGCUAAGCGGCCCGGUGUGUGGCCGCAUCUCGCCUUCGGUGCCCAGGAUCUCGCUUCCUAUCUCCGAGGCUGACUCCUAUCUCACCCGGUUCACCAUCCCUCAGACAUACAAUUACUCCGUUCUCCUUGUGGAUCCUGCUUCCCAUAUGCUUUAUGUCGGCGCCCGGGACACCAUCUUCGCUUUAUCCCUGCCCUUUUCAGGGGAGAGACCUCGCAGGAUUGACUGGAUGGUGCCUGAGGCCCACAGACAGAACUGUAGGAAGAAAGGCAAGAAGGAGGAAGAAUGUCACAAUUUUGUCCAGAUUCUCGCCAUUGCCAAUGCCUCUCACCUCCUCAUUUGUGGCACCUUCGCUUUUGAUCCGAAGUGCGGGGUUAUUGAUGUGUCCAGUUUCCAGCAGGUUGAAAGACCUGAGAGUGGCCGGGGGAAAUGUCCUUUUGAGCCAGCUCAGCGGUCAGCAGCUGUAAUAGCUGGGGGCGUCCUCUACGUUGCCACUGUGAAAAACUACCUGGGGACGGAGCCGAUUAUCUCCCGGGCUGUGGGUCGUGCUGAGGACUGGAUUCGGACAGAGACCUUGCCAUCCUGGCUUAACGCCCCAGCCUUUGUUGCAGCAGUGGCCUUGAGCCCAGCCGAGUGGGGGGAUGAAGACGGAGACGAUGAAAUCUACUUCUUCUUUACGGAGAUUUCCCGAGCUUUUGAUUCAUACGAACGCGUUAAGGUCCCGAGGGUGGCCCGUGUGUGUGCGGGGGACCUUGGGGGCCGGAAGACCCUCCAGCAGAGGUGGACGACCUUUCUGAAGGCCGACCUGCUGUGUCCAGGGCCUGAGCAUGGCCGGGCCUCCAGUGUCCUGCAGGACAUGGUCAUUCUUCGACCUGAGCAUGGAGCGGGGACGCCCAUCUUUUAUGGCAUCUUUUCCUCCCAGUGGGAAGGGGCUGCCAUCUCUGCUGUCUGUUCCUUCCUACCACAAGACAUUCGGACAGUGCUGAAUGGUCCCUUCAGAGAGCUUAAACAUGACUGCAACAGGGGACUGCCUGUCAUGGACAAUGAUGUUCCCCAGCCCAGACCUGGAGAGUGCAUCACCAACAACAUGAAGCUCCAACAGUUUGGCUCGUCGCUCUUCCUGCCUGACCGUGUGCUCACCUUCAUCCGGGACCACCCACUCAUGGACAGGCCAGUGUUUCCAGCUGAUGGCCACCCCCUGCUGGUCACUACAGAUACAGCCUACCUCAGAGUCGUAGCCCACAAGGUGCCCAGCCUCUCAGGGAAAGAGUAUGAUGUGCUCUAUCUGGGGACAGAGGAUGGACACCUCCACCGAGCAGUGCAAAUUGGAGCCCAGCUCAGUGUUCUUGAGGAUCUGGCCUUAUUCCCAGAGCCACAGCCAGUUGAGAAUAUGAAAUUGUAUCAAAGCUGGCUCCUGGUUGGCUCCCGUACUGAGGUGACACAAGUGAACACAACCAACUGUGGCCGUCUACAGAGCUGCUCAGAGUGCGUUCUGGCCCGAGACCCUGUCUGUGCCUGGAGUGUUCGGCUAGCUGCGUGUGUGGCCCACACUGGAGAGCAUGAAGGGCUGGUUCAAGACAUAGAGUCAGCGGAUGUCUCUUCUUUGUGUCCUAAAGAGCCUGGAGAACACCCCGUGGUGUUUGAAGUUCCUGUGGCUACAGCUGCACAUGUGGUCUUGCCAUGUUCCCCGAGCUCAGCCUGGGCAUCCUGUGUGUGGCACCAGCCCAGCGGAGUGACUGCACUCACCCCCCGGCGGGAUGGGCUAGAAGUGGUGAUAUCCCCAGGGGCCAUGGGUGCUUAUGCCUGUGAAUGUCAGGAAGGUGGGGCCGCUCGUGUGGUAGCUGCUUACAGCUUGGUAUGGGGCAGCCAGCGGGGCGCUCCAAGCCGGGCUCACGUAGUGGGGGCUGGACUGGCAGGCUUCUUCCUGGGAGUUUUUGCAGCAUCCCUGACUCUCCUCCUGAUUGGUCGGCGUCAGCAGCGACAACGACAGAGGGAACUUCUGGCUAGAGACAAGGUGGGCUUGGACCUGGGGGUCCUACCGUCUGGGACCACAAGCUACAGCCAGGACCCUCCCUCUCCCUCUCCUGAAGAUGAGCGGCUGCCCCUGGCCCUGGCCAAGAGGGGCAGUGGCUUUGGUGGCUUCCCUCCACCCUUUCUGCUUGAUCCUUGCCCGAGCCCAGCCCACAUUCGGUUAACUGGGGCUCCUCUAGCCACGUGUGAUGAAACAUCCAUCUAGGGCUGGGCACAUAACCACUAGUGCAUGAGUGACCACUGGAUGGAAUGACCAUUGGGACACUGGGGGUCGAUGGUCAUGGAAGAUCGUCAUGGCCUCUGAGUUUUCUUUGGCUUUUGAAUGAUCACUUCGAAUUCCCUGUCUGCCUUUUCUGGGCCUGGGUGGGCUCAGGGCCAGGGCUUUGCCUGAUUCCCAUAAGAGAUCAGAAUUGCUCUUGCACUGAAUCAGGACUUUUCCUGCCCCUGCCCUCUCAACCCCUAUGACCCCUUCAGCCCACUAUCUUGGGCCCAUUAGUUUGGGGCUAGGCCCCAGGACAUUGCCGUGACUUUGCUUUCCGGUUGGGCCCUGGCCAGAAGGAGGAGCCGUGGAAGUGCUAGGGGCCUAAUGUGCACUGACUCCUUUUGCUGGUUCUCCCAGUUUAUCUCAUUCUCUGUGGAGAGUGCAUGAUUCCCAAACUGCAACAUGCAAUCUCUGCCCUGAGAUCUACCCCAUCCCAGUUUCCCUUCUUCCAUGAAAGAGCAUGUGUAAAUACACGGAUGUUCAUAGGUGACCUGGACACAUGUGCAUGGAUGACUAGGCCGAUGCUCUGGUGUAUUCAUGGGAGGUUGAGAGGGUCAGGUUGGAAUGAGGGCAAUACCUACAGGACUCGAGACCCUGUAGCCAGUGAGGGAAUGGCUCUCCUUUCUAAAAGGAGAAAACCACUUCCCUGUCUCCAUCACCUCUCACAGCCCUUCUGUUGAGUAGAGAAAAACUCCCAAAGUGACCUUCUGGGUGGGAAAGGCAAUGGUACAUCUGACCCCAUCUUUCUCUUUGUUUUUGCCUCCUGGCAUGCCACCUGUGCCAUGCACAGCUGCUCUUUCUCUGGCUAGAACCCUUUCCUUGGCUUCUAUUGAAACUUUACAACAUUCUAAAUAUCAGGGGAUGAAAAAAGUAGAACAAUCAUGGGAAAUACAAGCCGCACAAAGAUAGGUUUGUAUCAGUGACUUUAUGACUUUACUCAGGUUGAUACCCUUGCUCUAAAGCAGGAGUUCACCUGGGGUCCAUGGCCUCCCUGAAAUCGCAUGCAAGAUGCUGUCUGUAUAUGUGUGUCUGUAUUUUUCUGGUGGUGGUGAGGCUUGGUUUGUGACUCUCAUUAGAUUCUCAAGCCUUAACAAAGUUAAAGGACCACUGCCCCAAGGUCACCACAUGUUGGCCAAGCUGAGGUGGUGCCGGGCAGGGGCAGCUCUUCCUGCCCUUUGGCCAGCCCCUGGACUGGCAGCCGCUGGAUACCUUCUUGUUGCUCCGUUUCCUGGAAGGUGGGCUCUGUGCAUAUUUGAAGACACUGUCAGCUCUCACCAAAUUUAAAGACCUCUUCCUGUUUCACAACUCUCAGAUGCUCUAGGCGUCUCCUGCUCAGUUCCUGUCUUGGCCUGUGAAUGUGCCUCAUCAUCCCUGCUGAGGGACUCCCUUGGGCUCCAGUGAAUGGUCCAGCCUUUCCCAGUUGAAGUUUUCAGCUCUACUUUCCUUGGCAGCAGCCUGUGAACUACUCAAGAGUCCCCUUGGGUUUUGAAUUAUCAAUGGUUUUGCCAUUAAUAAGUGUAUGUUCCUCAGCAAGUAAUCUAACCUUGGAACUAUGGCUUACUCAUCUGUAAAGUGGGGAUAAUAAUACCUACCUCAGGGUUGCUGCAAGGAUUAAAUGAGAGAACAUGUAAACAAUAAAGCACUCUCUAUACCAGUA